CCACGGCGCAUGCUCCGGAAUCUCAUCCUCUGGCCCUGGAGCUGCUGCUGCUGCUGCUGCUGCUUUUGCUUUUGGGGCUGAGUUUAAUAAGCGAGCGAGCGAGCGAGCAAGCGAACGCGGGGGAAAAAGGCAGAGAAUGUCCGCCAUCUACCCUCCGCUCCCGGGCGCGCUCUCAUUCAUAGCAGCCUCUUCAUGAAUUACAGCUGAGGGGGGGCGGGGGAGGGGGGUACCACACAACACCCCAGCAAACCUCCGGGCCCCCAGGCAUGGCUAGCUCGUGUGCCGUGCAGGUGAAGCUGGAGCUGGGGCACCGCGCCCAGGUGAGGAAAAAACCCACCGUGGAGGGCUUCACCCACGACUGGAUGGUGUUCGUGCGCGGCCCGGAGCACAGUAACAUACAGCACUUUGUGGAGAAAGUCGUCUUCCACUUGCACGAAAGCUUUCCUAGGCCAAAAAGAGUGUGCAAAGAUCCACCUUACAAAGUAGAAGAAUCUGGGUAUGCUGGUUUCAUUUUGCCAAUUGAGGUUUAUUUUAAAAACAAGGAAGAACCUAAGAAAGUCCGCUUUGAUUAUGACUUAUUCCUGCAUCUUGAAGGCCAUCCACCAGUGAAUCACCUCCGCUGUGAAAAGCUCACUUUCAACAACCCCACAGAGGAGUUUAGAAGAAAGUUGCUGAAGGCAGGAGGGGACCCCAACAGGAGCAUCCACACCAGCAGCAGCAGCAGCAGCAGCUGCAGCAGCAGCAGCAGCAGCAGCAGUAGCAGCAGCAGCAGCAGCUGUAGCAGCAGCAGCAGCAGCAGCAGUAGCAGCAGCAGCAGCAGCAGCAGCACCAGUUUUUCAAAGCCUCACAAAUUAAUGAAGGAGCACAAGGAAAAACCUUCUAAAGACUCCAGAGAACAUAAAAGUGCCUUCAAAGAACCUUCCAGGGAUCACAACAAAUCUUCCAAAGAAUCCUCUAAGAAACCCAAAGAAAACAAACCACUGAAAGAAGAAAAAAUCGUUCCUAAGAUGGCCUUCAAGGAACCGAAACCCAUGUCGAAAGAGCCAAAACCGGACAGUAACUUACUCACCAUCACCAGUGGACAGCAAGACAAGAAGGCUCCUAGUAAAAGGCCCCCCAUUUCAGAUUCUGAAGAACUCUCCGCCAAAAAAAGGAAAAAGAGUAGCUCAGAGGCUUUAUUUAAGAGUUUUUCUAGCGCGCCACCACUGAUUCUCACGUGUUCUGCCGACAAAAAACAGAUAAAAGAUAAAUCUCACGUCAAGAUGGGAAAGGUCAAAAUUGAAAGUGAGACCUCCGAGAAGAAGAAAUCAACGUUACCGCCAUUUGACGAUAUUGUGGAUCCCAACGAUUCUGACGUGGAGGAGAACAUGUCCUCCAAAUCUGAUUCUGAACAGCCCAGCCCUGCCAGCUCCAGCUCCAGCUCCAGCUCCAGCUUCACGCCGUCCCAGACCAGGCAACAAGGUCCUUUGAGGUCUAUAAUGAAAGAUCUGCAUUCUGAUGACAAUGAGGAGGAAUCAGAUGAGGCAGAGGAUAAUGACAAUGACUCCGAAAUGGAGAGACCUGUAAAUAGAGGAGGCAGCCGAAGCCGCAGAGUUAGCUUAAGUGACGGCAGCGACAGUGAAAGCAGCUCAUCUGCUUCGCCCCUCCACCACGAACCCCCGCCACCUUUAUUAAAAACCAACAACAACCAGAUUCUUGAAGUGAAAAGUCCAAUAAAGCAAAGCAAAUCAGAUAAGCAAAUAAAGAAUGGUGAAUGUGACAAGGCCUACCUAGACGAACUGGUGGAGCUUCACAGAAGGUUAAUGACGCUGAGGGAGAGACACAUCCUGCAGCAGAUCGUGAACCUUAUAGAAGAAACUGGACACUUUCAUAUCACAAACACGACAUUUGAUUUUGACCUUUGCUCGUUGGACAAAACCACAGUCCGUAAACUACAGAGUUACCUGGAAACAUCUGGAACUUCCUGAGGAUACAACAACUGGAUGCAUCAAAAACUAUUGUUGGUUUUUUUUUUUUUUUUUGGUUGUGAUUUUUUUUUUGUUUGUUUAUAUGAAAACACUCAGAAUGAUGCAACCAAAAGGGAAAAAAAUAAAAAUCAAACAACCUUCAGCUUUAUUUUUCUUUAAAGCCAGUCAUCAUCUCUUGAUAAAGGAGAGGUUAAGCAAACCAGCCUCAGCGGACCACUCUUCUCUCCAAGGAAAUCCCCGGGAAGAGUUAGCCUGGAUAGCCUUGAAAACAAACAAAUCAAACACAACACAAGAAAACUUUCAAGAAUGUGUAUGGUAUCCUUGUCUCUCUCUCUGUGGUGGUUCAUUCCACAGGACGAAUGCAUAUUCAACACACUGCCUUAUUACAUAACUGAUCUAUUUAUUAUCGCAUACAGAUAUUCUAAAGUCGUUGAGGGAAUGACACCACAAGACAUUAUAAGUACUUGGUCCCACGGAUGCUCUUUUCAGUGCAGCGCCCUUGCCAUCCCAAGCCCAGUGACCUUACUCGUAUACCAUGCCACUCUCCGCCAACUUUUCCAAGUCCUUUUACUCGUUGCAGUCUGUAUUUGCCACCUUUUGUUUUUCCAGUUCCAGGACACAAAUAAUCAACUGGGGGGACCAAAUUGCCACCCUGAUUUUCUUCUUUGUGGUCUUUCUCCUGAAAGUUGGGGCCCAGCCCUUGGCUGUGUCCAUAUAAUGAUCUUGGACCAUGGUAGGAAAUGCACCAAAUAGGAUCAUAUGAGUUGUUGUCUAGCCUUAGUCAAUAAACCUGUAGGACUUUUAAACAAGUGUACCUGUAAACGUCCUGCAUCCAGCAUUGUUGAGCUGUCAAUCAACAUCCUUGUGUCUGUUUUACUGUUUCUAAUACUAGAGAAAGACGGAAGUAAAGGCAUUCCACAGGAUCAUCGUUUAAAAAAAAAAGAAUUCUGGUUCUGUUUUCUAAAGAAAUGUUGUAGAAAUUCUUAAUUUGGAUCUAUUUAUUAGUAAGAGUUUCAGCUUUCUUCAGCUGCCAGUGUGUUAUCCAUCUUUACCAUAAAACCUGGAAUAAGAGAUUUUUGUUCACGAAUGAUCCUCGUAGACUCUUUUAUAUUUGGAAAAUUAAAAUCUUUCUUUGGGUGAAAAUCCUUGGUUAUUCUGCCGUAACAGAUCAUGUAUUAACUUGUAGAUUCAGUGGUUCGAGCCUGUUUAGUCACUUGCUUAUGUUUCCAGAAGGAUUUCUUAUAUUGGUGAAAAUAAAGAUGGUUGGGGAGGGGGGGGUUAUUUUUGUUCUUGAUGUACCCUGUUUUAAAACUAGAAAUCUGUCCUGUGGCAUGCAAAAGAAAGCGAAUUAUUUUUUAAAGAAAAAAAAAAAAAA